CCUUUAGGUUAUGAAAUGUGGCUCAGGGUCUUUACAGCUUUCCUUUCCUUCACAGCAGGAGCUUGCUCGGGGCUGAAGGUGGCAGUGCCAUCACAGACCGUCCAUGGCAUCAGGGGCCAGGCUCUCUAUCUCCCCGUGCACUAUGGAUUCCACACUCCAGCAUCAGACAUCCAGGUCAUAUGGCUUUUUGAGAGACCCCAUACGAUGCCCAAGUACUUGCUGGGCUCCGUGAACAAGUCUGUGGUUCCCGACUUGGAAUACCAGCACAAAUUUACCAUGAUGCCACCCAACGCCUCCCUGCUCAUCAACCCGCUGCAGUUCACCGACGAAGGCAAUUACAUUGUGAAGAUCAACAUCCAGGGUAACGGAACUCUGUCAGCUAGUCAGAAGAUUCAAGUCACGGUUGAUGACCCUGUCACGAAACCAGUGGUGCAGGUUCAGCCUUCCUCUGGGGUUGUGGAGUACGUGGGGAACAUGACUCUGACGUGCCUCGUGGAAGGGGGCAGCCGGCGGGUUUACCAGUGGCUGAAGAAUGGGAGGCCUGUCCACACCAGCUCCACCAACUCCUUCUCUCUUCAGAACAACAGCCUUCACAUUGCUCCAGUGACCAAAGAAGACAUUGGGAAUUACAGUUGUCUGGUGAAGAACCCUGUCAGUAAGAUGGAAAGCGACAUCAUUAUGCCCACCAUAUACUAUGGACCUUAUGGACUUCGAGUUAAUUCUGAUAGAGGACUAAAAGUAGGGGAAGUGUUCACUGUGGAUAUUGGAGAAGCCAUCUUGUUUGAUUGUUCUGCUGAUUCUUAUCCUCCCAACACCUACUCCUGGAUCCAGAGGACAAACAAUGCCACAUAUGUCAUUAAGCAUGGGCCUCGCUUGGAAGUUGCAUCUGAGAAAAUAGCCCAGAAGACAACCGACUAUGUGUGCUGUGCUUACAACAACAUAACUGGAAGGCGAGAUGAAACUCACUUCACCAUCAUCAUCACUUCUGUAGGAAUAGAAAAGCUUGCACAGAAAGGGAAAUCAUUGUCCCCUUUAGCAAGUAUAACUGGAAUAUCACUCUUUUUGAUUAUAUCCAUGUGUCUUCUUCUCUUAUGGAAAAAAUUUCAACCCUACAAAGUUAUAAAACAAAAGCUAGAAGGCAGGCCAGAAACAGAAUACAGGAAAGCACGAACAUUUUCAGGCCACGAGGAUGCGCUGGAUGAUUUUGGAAUAUACGAAUUUGUUGCUUUCCCAGAAGCUUCUGGUGUUGCCAGGAUGCCCACGAGAUCUGUUCCAGCCUCUGAUGGUGUACCAGGGCAAGAGCUGCACAGUACAAUUUACGAAGUUAUUCAGCACAUCCCUGCCCAACAGCAAGAUCAUCCAGAGUAAGCAUUCACGGGCAAAGCAGUGCAUUUAAGUGAAAUAAGGAAAGCACAUUUUGAGGAAAGCAGUGGAAAUGUGUAUUCAUCUGGAAUCAGUGAAGAAAUCAAGCCAGAUACCUCUUACUCGUUGGUCCUUUUAAUGCAGAAUAAAGCCAUUUAUAAAAACCUGACUGCAGAUUUCCCAGCAUACACACAGCGCAUUAUGCUGCGGAGGAGCGUGGUGGGGCAAGAAUCCCAGAGGACGGUCUUUAUCGUGCUGACAGAAGAAAGAAAAGGACGGGACUUUCCAAUUACUUUUUUUGUAUCAUGUUUCCUACAAGGCUCAAUUAGUUCUAAUCUAUACUUUCCCUUUCCUCAGCACCGACAGUAUCCUAUCUAACCUACAAGUGUGGAAACUUUUAUUUGUAAAAUCUUCAGCAGGCUUUGUUUUAUUAAAUUUUAAAUUGCUACACUUUUAAAUUUUCAUUCCCAAAUUUCCUUCUUGCUGUUUGUACCAUGGAAUAAUAAAGAUGAUUGUCACAAAAGCAAGAGUGUGCCUUCUCCUAGGUUGUCAAUCACCAAUGGAGUUUUUUAAAAGACUUGUAAAACACUGAAGGAAAUGACUUAUUAAAGUCUGAUUUUUACUUUUGUUCAAGGAACAGUGGAUUCAAAUAAAUUAUUAUGCUUUCACUUGUAUAUA